CGACUGCAAGCACAACUGGCCAUCAUGAACGAAGAACCUGAGGCCUUUGGCCUAGGAGUUCAAGUUGUGGACCCCGAUGUCCGCGCUCACAUUUAUAGUUUGGUCACUGCGUUAGGUGGAUUCAAUGGCGACGAUGCGGAUCGUUACGUAUUAGGAGAUGAUGCCCUGGCUUGCUUGCGUGACAUCAGGCGCUGGCUGAGAUUGUACGAUGAGAAAUACAAGCGCAUGGAUGUGGCGCGAUGCCUUGGGGAAGCGAAUCUGAUCAACGGGGACCUUCUACCGAUCCUUUCGCUGUGGUGGAGCAGUGGCCAGAAGAGCAAACAUAUGUCCAGGAUUGCAUUAGCAUGUUUGGAAUUGCUAGUUCCUUUGACCUGGCCACUGGAAAUCCACGGCGAGAUGACUGUCAACCAUCACCGACAUAUUCCCUACUUACAGCAGACUCAAGUCUCUUAUAAGCGAGGUCUCCUAAGCUACGGUAGCUUCAGCCUACUUCGAACUAUUGUCCGAAUUGGGCUUCCUAGCAUGGCCGUUCCACGUUCUGAACGAACAACUCGGGAUGACGGCAUUCUCAAACUCAUUCUCUAUCUGUUGCGAAACAUCGCGGUGAUCACCCCGAGCACUCGCCUUGCGGCGGAGGGUGAGGAAGAGGAGACAUCUAGAUCUGCGACCAUCAACGCCUUUCAAUACCAAGAUGUAUUUGCGCUCCUUCUAACUAUGUGUUCCAACAUUGGCGAUGACUUCAGUAUGCAAGAUGUGGUUCUCCUUGAAAUAAUGUUCCACCUUGUGAAAGGUGUCAACGUCGAGAAACUAUUCAUGGACGAUGCCCAGCGAAGCGCUAAACACACGGAUGAACUGGAUACCGUGCUGAAGCUAGAGUCGUCUCUGCAGCGAGAGUACGCCAGGAACGCACCAACCCGACACGGCCGAUUUGGAACGAUGAUUUGGGUCAAGCGUGACGACGCUAAGCUAUCUACUGUCUCAGGGCAGGACAUCCUCAAAGAUAGCCAGGCGACGCUCCAGAAAAUGGAUGAAAGCAAGAAGUGGAACAAGCCCCAAACACACCGGAAGCAUAAAGAUUCAACUCUUAACAAUGAUUUCAGUACGCCAGUCCAUCUGAACGCCGCUGCGUCAAGGAAUCUGAGGAUGUUCGUAGAAGAAUUUCUCGACUCUGGGUUCAACCCUUUAUUCACGCAUGUUCGGAAAGCCAUAGAACGUGAAGCUGAACGCGUUUUACCCAUCAAUUUACGUCAGUUCUUUUACACUGUUGCCUGGUUUCUGGAAGCUGAACGCGCACGCCGCGCACGCCAGCAUGAGAAGCAGUCACGGACUGAAAGGCCCCUGAAGGAACUAGAGCCGGAUAGCUUCGGGCUAAUCGCCAGUGUCCUUGACCAGGAAACUUUCGUGUUUCUGAGCCGAUCCAUGCAGAAUAGCUUUGACCAGAAAGACUGGGAAGAUCUUAAUGCGGAAAUGCGCUGCUUCACUCAGAUCUUGCUAACUGUGCAAGAAAUGGCACAAUCGCCUCUCGAUGAGGACCAGGAAAUCGCCGAGAAUAUCCAGAAUCGGAUAUUUUACGAAGAAACAACCCACGAUCGCGUGCUUGCCAUCAUACGCGGGUACAAAGAUCAAGGAUUUGGUUACCUAGAUGCAUGCACUGAGCUGUCACAUGUGUUCCUGCGAAUGCUGGAGCGCUACUCCAAGGAGAAUGUUGAUAUGCAAGUGCGAUCUCAACGGCGUGCUAGGCGCAAAAAGAAACAAGUCCAAGCAGCUGCUGUAGAAGAAGAAGGCAACAACGAAGAGCAUCCAUCCGAGAACGAGGACAUACUCGAGGCUGAGCGAGUCUGUAGGGAGCGUAAGUUUGACUUCAAGCGCUUUGCUGCUAAGUUUUGCAACCAAAAGUGUGUUGAUACUUUUGUUGCUUUCACAAAAUACUUCAGGGAACUGGACUCGGAUCAAUUAAGACGUGCCCAUCGCUAUUUUUACAGAGUCGCUUUUAAGCAAGAAAUGAGUGUCUUGCUGUUUCGCGUUGACAUACUCAAUCUUUUCUACCGAAUGAUUAAAGGGCCUGGUGCGAUGGAUUCAAACAAACCGAUCUUCAAGGAAUGGGAAGAGCUGGCCCGACAGAUCAUCAGACGAAUGACUAAGAAGAUCGACCAGCGUCCCGCCCUGAUUACGGAGUUACUUUUCAGCAAAAUGAACUCGACCCUAUUCUAUCUGGAAUAUGGUCAUGAGAAACAAACAUUAACUUCAGUGAGAAGGGCGCCGGCUGAGCUUGAAGUCAACCCCGCCGACGCAGUAACGUUCAGUGAGAAGAUAAAUAUCGUAGUUGGUGCACUUGUUAUGGAUGAGCAGGCCGAUUUGGUUGCAUGGGUUAGUAGUGUGUUAGGCUCGGCAGCAGAAGAGAGAGAGUCCUGGGAAGCCCAAGAUGAUGCUCAGCGAGCCGAGUCUCUGGGUGCAUCACGAGCCCCUAAUCCAAUGAUUGCCGUCAACCCUCGUGAUGAUGCGUGUAAACAGGCCAUGUUCUUGAAUGCUAAGCUGCGCCUGCUUAUGACAUUAAUCGGAUUUGAACGCCUUGGAAUGGAGGAUGUUGCCGGAGCCUCUUGGAUUGUGCCUUCAUCACAGGGAUCGAAAGAUCUUCGAGACAUUAAGUCGACUAUCGAUAAAUAUCUUGAGGAUCCAUACACGGGAGACAUUGAGCGUGAUCCUCGGCAGAUGCUUCGACGCAGAUACAACCCCGAAGAUAAGGAGCGCAACUAUCAAACAACACUUGACGUUAAUUUCGGCUCUGACUCUGAGGGCGAGGAUAUUCCGGAUGGACCUCUUUUCCCACCAAACCCGCGAUCGAAGGCAAAGUCGCUGGAUGAAUUGAAGAAGAGGCGCAAGAAACGCCAAGAGACCGACCAUGGCGAACCAGUAGAUGAGGCCAUUUUGGAAGCACGUCGCAAGGCGCGCCUGGAGAACGCACAAGCCCGCCUAGCUAAGAUCAAGAGUGAAGUUUGCGUUGACCCCGUUGAUGAUGAGUCGGAUGAGGAAGCCGACAAGGAAUUCUUUGAUCUCGAGGAAAAAAGACGAAAAGAACAAGCUGUCCGGGUCAGGAAGGCCCUGCUCACCGGUGUCUUUGAGGAAAUCGGGAGUAACACCAAUAGAAAUAGCGAACGCAAGCGACAAAUCAACCCGCAUAAAUCUGGGAAUUCCGGGACACAAAGUAAGCGUCAACGGCGCAGGCAACCGCCAGAAGACGUCGACGAGGAUGAUAUUAUAUUAGGUGGAUCAGUUGUUCGCUUGCCUCGUCAUGAUACUGAAGAUAACCGAGAUGAGGACGAUGAGCUCAGCUUCGACGACAACCUAGCCUUUCGUCGAGAUCGGGGUCAGGGAAAAGGGCCAGAAUCUCCUAGUCGCGGCGAAGACACGAAUCCAAGUGAUAAUGUUGAGCCAAACGGUGAUGAUGAGUAUGUGCCGGCUGCGGCAUUGGCGCGAAAGCGGUUGCGUGCUGGGUUUGUGAUUGACAGUGAUUCUGAAUGAGCUCGGCUUGUUUUCUUAUACGGCCCUAUAAUGACUUAAUGAUUGACGCUGGAGGUAUUCCUGGGAUAAAAUAGGGUGCAUAUGGCACGCCAUCUUGUAUUUAACGCUUUCUUAGAUCUUAAGCAGACAAGUGU